AUGAUGACGCCAGAUAUGUGGAAAACAGCAAUUGCACUUGCGAGAGCAUGCUCUGGCUUUCUGAGUGCUCUUGCAUGUUUUUCAUUCUUGAUUUAUGUGAUUGUGGUGUUUCGGAGGAGGUUUUUUAAGCUUCCAUCAGUGAGGUUCUUGUCCUAUUUGCAAACCUUUCUCUUAUUUGCUUCAUUGAAUCACUUGCUAACACUCUAUACAGCCUACAAGACGGAUCAAGAUUGGGUGUGUAUAUUUCAGGCUGUUUGUAAUCAAUUCUUCUCUGUAGGGUUCUUCAUUUGGAGUGUUGUAAUUGCCAUCUUUCUCUUCUCAUCCAUUGUGCUAAGGAAAUUAACAAGGAAGAAAUCAGUACUUUUAUUUGAAGGUUGUUCCAUCACAAUUGUCUUUCUUGUUUCUGGUUUAUUAACUGGAUUACCUUUCAUUGGAAGUACUUAUGGAAAUUCUGGAAAGUGGUGUUGGAUAGAUCAGAACAAACCAAUGGGAGUUACUUGGACUUAUGGUGCUUUUUAUGGACCUCUCUGGAUUUCAAUUAUACUUGUUUUGGUGUUGUAUAUGAUUGUGUUGGCGAAGGUGUGCAGGAAUUUCGGAAAGGUUGGUAUGAGUACUAUCGGAGAUGAUGAUCACAGAAAAGGAAAGAGAAUUAAGGCCUAUUCUAAAUUGAUGGGAUAUCCAAUCAUGAUGGUUCUCAUUUAUAUAAUCCCAACCUUUCACAGAAUUUCAAACUUUUUCAUUACUGAUACAGAUUAUUCCAAUUACAUGAGUUUAAUUCACACAAUUAUUUCACCACUGGUUGGUUUCUUUAAUGUUUUAAUUUACUUUUCAAAUCCAAUAGAGGGAAAGAAUAUUGCCCUCUCUUGUGUUCAAUGUUGGAAGAAUUGUUGUCAAAAGAAUCAUCAUGAUAGAAAUAAUCAUGAAGAUUGGGAUUACUAUCAAGCAUCCAUGAAACCAAUAGGAAUAUUGGAUGAUUAA